GAAAAAUAAAGAAUCCUCAAUGUAGUCAAGAUGACAUGUUCUGGUCCAUGGUAGCAAAAUUGUGAAGUAAAAUUAUUUAAAAUUCUUUGUUUGUAAACGAAGCAAUGUAGUGUAAAUUGCUAUGCUUUCUAAUGUCUGAUUCAGUGAGUGUAGACUAUGCCAUUGUUCUCAUUUGGCUAGCGAUCUGUUCCUUGUACACCACCCUACUGACAGUCACCGCACUUGGUGUGGUAUGGGUAUUAAGAAAACGCCGUUCCUCCAUACUGAAAAGCCAACGUCCAGCCCGCACACCGUUCUCCGAGUUAGAGUUCAAUGUAGCAACACCAACAGACACGGCGAAGAGUCGACGAGUCAGCUUCUCUCGCAGGACUGGUGUAGCUGAAUUCGUAACAAACGAAGCAACAACCACAUGGAAGAACUUCUACGAGGAACACAACAAAUCGCUGGAAUCGUCCGGAAACGAUUCUGAAGCCACCGCGUCCCGCCAUCCCGUAGGCCACCUAGGCAAGAAACUUUUCGAACAACAAUUUGAAGACGAGGAAGCAAUUGAGUUCCUAGGCCCCUCCCCAGAUAGUAACUCCACCAAUAAUGUUAAUUACUCCCAACAAAUCGCGCCCAUCGAGGUUACCGACGACGUCAAGUUGACAGCACCACAAAACAAAUUCGAACUAAGCGUUUUUACCGAACAGCAAAGCAAAAUAUUCGGAAAUGAAUUCACGGCUCCGUCUAUGUGUGAAAAUUCCGGUCGGAUCGAUGUUAACUUUUCAGCCUUACAGCAGAUUGGUGGUGACGCGAUAGACGAUCUCGAUGAAAUACAGAGGGAUAUAAAACGAGUUUCUAGUAAUAGUAUGGGCCGCCAUAAUGCCUUCUCUAAUAGGCGAGACAUGUCUGAGUAUAUAGAAGUAGAUCUCAAUAUGACGCAUGUAGCAGAAAACAAUGAUGAAGAUAUGUCUAUCACUGAUACUGUCCACAGUCCCGUACAGGAUGUGUCCAAAAGCGCUUCUAUAGAUAAGAAAGUUAGUUUGAAUAACGACUGGGUGGCUGACAAAGAAAAUAUUGCUAUUAACCCUUACGCAGCACCGCGGGAGUCCGUCAAUUUCGCCGUUAACGAGGAACCGGAUCAAGUAUUAGUGUUCGAUGGAAAGCGCUUGACUCUGCAGCCAGAUAAACCAGAAAAAGAAACGAAUUAUAGACAGAAUCUUUUGCCAAAUCCCGUAAAUUCUCCGAGAAAAACUAUAGUUGUAAACGUCGACGACGAUCUACCGAACUUCGGCAACAAUAAGCGUGUCCCUAAAUGUGAGAAUUCUGGUUUUAGUUUCGCUCAGGAAAUGAAGACUAGUGAAGAUGAGAUAUCGGAAACAUUACCUGUGAAUCGAGUCGAUAUCGUACCUAAAAGGAGGACUAUACAUGAUAAGUCUGGAAAUAUAUCGAUAACGCAGGCUCUGCCUACGAACAUCAUCUGCCAUACUGCAAUGAUAACCAAUGAUAUGUCGAGUAAGAGAAGAACUAUAGUAUUUGAUCAAAGUGCGGGUAACAUCUCGGUCACCCAGUCGUUGCCGUCACAGAUUUUGACCAAAGUAGAGAGUAACACCUCCGAACGACGUCGAACAGUCGUUUACGAGAAUGAUACUGGGAACAUAUCUAUAACACAAGCGGUACCCACUAAUAUACUCGUCAGCGAGAAGAGUGAUAAGCGUAAAACUAUAGUUUUUGAUGAUGAACUAUGCAAUCUGUCCGUCACACAAGCUAUACCUAGUAACUUUAUAGAUGACAAAGAAAAGAGGAAGACUAUAGUAUUCAAUGAUGAAGCUGGUAAUGUUUCUAUAACACAAGCGUUGCCUGCUAAUAUCAUAAUACCCGAAAAACAGAAGCAAGAAAAACGGCGCACUAUAAUAUAUGAAGAUGAUUCAGGCAAUAUAUCGGUCACUCAAGCGAUACCCAGGAACGUCAUUCUCGCACAAAAGAGCGAACCAAUCACAGACAGGAGAAGGACAGUUGUUUAUGAAGAUGAGACUGGGAACAUUUCAGUAACACAAGCCUUACCUUCUAAUAUUAUACUUGAGACAGUUGGUUUAAAAGAUAAAGUUAAAGAUGAACCGGCUAUUCCUACCACAAAGUCUCUUCCUAACAAUAUGAAUCAAAAAGACGAAUUUAAUCGAAGGAGGACUAUUGUUUAUGAAAAUGACACGGGAAAUAUUUCUAUUACACAAGCUAUUCCUACUAAAUUUCUACCUGGAUACAGCCAAGAAAGUAUUAAAACUAAUCUAAGUCCUAAAUCUGAUCCUAGCUAUGAAAAUGCAGAUACAUCUAAAAAGUUAAACAUAUCGCCUAGAAAACCAAACAGCCACAAAAGAAAGACAAUUGUCUAUGAUAAUGAUGAUGAUGACAUAUCUAUGACCGAAGCUAUUCCUGCCAACAUAAUAGUUUCAGGUCAAGCUGCCAACGACAAGGAGAAAAGAAGAACAAUCAUCUUUGACGAAGACAAUAUUUCCAUGACUCUAGCGAUUUCAACGAACAUUUUCCUACUCGACAAACUAAAUUCUGAUACUAGUCAAACCACUAAAACUCCAGUCAGUGAAAUUGAUGAAAAGAGUGAAGUUGACGUAAAGAGCGAAGUUGACGAAAAGGUCAUUGACUACGAGAUUUAUGAAGAAGAACCACCUCCUUCUGUAGGUCCCAAAGAGAUUCAUGAAACUGCCUUAGAUGAGGAUCCUAAUGAUGAUAAAAUGUCCAUCACUGAAGCUAUACCAAAGGUCCAGAGCUUACCAGAAUCAGAGAAACUCAAAACAAUGAUAUUUGAUGAAGAAACCGCCAAUGUUUUAAUAACUAAACCUAUCCCAGCUGUAUUGAUGACUAUCGAAAGUGAACUGUUAGACAAACCUAAGAAGAACGAACUAGAUGUGAUAGAGCAAGAGCUUGUAGCCAAUCCCUGUCCAGAUGUGGUCGUAUACCAAACGGCGACUACUAAGAGCUUGCAGAAAAUGCAAUCGAACAUAACUGAACAAGUGGACUUGAAGAACAAUACUACGGAUUUGAACACCGAAGGUAAAGAGGCAUCUGUUGCUAAAGUUUCUGAUGAUGUCGACGUUUCGAACGCAGAAGUGGACAGUGUCGAUGUAUCGCUCAUACAUCCGAGAGUCGAUGAAAGGAAAGACCAACUGAACCUCAAGAACGCGACUAUAGGAGUAGGUAGCCCUAUCAUAGAAGCUGAGGUUAUUCAAACGCAAACUGAUGUUUCAAAUUCUCUACAUGAUGAUGAAUUAUUAGAAAAGCAGAAUGAUUCAGUUCUCAAUACCCUACUCGAUAUGUCUAGUACUACAGUCCACACUGAGGAGGAUAGUACUGCAGAUAAGAUGUUAAUGGCUGAGCUGGAAUCCCAGCAUUCUUCUGCCAAAGAAAAGGCAGACACUGAUUGUACAUCCAGCGAGAGCAUGUUUUAUAUCACGAAGGAUGUUGAGAACGAUACGCAAACUGAAAAAGAAAAGUCUGAUUCUCAAAAGCUUUCGCCAACAAAAAGGCGGUCGAGGCCAGCUCUAGAAUACAAAGAUGAAGAUGAGAACAUCGCUGUUCUACAGGAGAAACUAGAAGCACUAAAAACAGCGAUAACAGAUGAAACCCAGAAUCAGACGAACAGACUGUAUGAGGACGUUGUCAGUUCCAACCUGGAAGACAUUGUGGAGAGAGACGAAAAUGUCAAAUUACGACAACAGAGCGACACGUUUAAGAGAGCUAAUGACACUAAGGAGUUACUCGACAUGAUAUCUGAUUUCACCGAUAAUAAUGAAGAAGGGGAAGCGCCUGUAGAAGUCAGGAUCAAAGGUCAUGUGGCCAUAGAGGAUAAGACAGAAGUCAUUGAUCCAAAGCGACACAGUUUUGUACCAAACCAGCCGUCGAUAGCGUUGAGUAGAGAAGAAAUGAUGAGCAAUAUAUCGAUGGCUCAAGCAGUGCUGCAGCGAUCACGAAUGGCACUAAACGACACUGAAUGUAUGGAUGAAGAUACGAAAGACGAGUCCAUGGAUCAAGACCUAUCCAAGAAGUCAAACCGCGUGAGUAACGAUGUAGUCAAAACCUUGCAAUUCGAUGACGAAUCCAUGUGCGAAGUGAGCGAGAAGAAAUUCGACACGAAAGUUUCGCCCCUCAAGAAAACCGCUUUCGGCGAAACUUCGUACAUGACCGAAACUAAAGCGAAAGUGAUUCCAACGUACUUGAAAGAUGUUUCCGAUGGAAUCAAAGAACUUAUGCUGGAUUUAGUGAAACCCAUGACCGAUACGAUGCCAUUCGAUUCUGUUGCAAUCGACAAGUCUGUAAAAAAAGCCCCGUCGACGCAAAGCACUCAGAUCCAGGCUAACCUAAUCUCCACCAGUCAAGUCGAUAUCGAUUCCCAAUCGAUAAACGCCGAAUCGAAUUACGAAAUCGAUAAAAUGAGCUCUUUAACCGGAGCUCUGCAUAAGUCGGGAUCUCGCUCGUUUAGGUGUCCAGUCAAGUUCUCGACUUCCUCGGAGAAAUCUUCCGAAUUUGAAGUUCCUCCUCCUAGACAAAGGUACCUGUAUUCCCAGGCACCUGUGGAAGAGCCGGUACCUCCUGUCUUAGUCUUCGAUCACUUGAACCCUUUGAAUAACAUACUGAUAGGUACUUUAGACUACUCGGACGCACACAAGUAUAAUCCAAAGAGAUCAGAGCUCGCUAUAGGUUCUCCUGAGCGCAAUCCUUCUGAUUUGAAACAAGAUAAUACCCAAAAUGAAACAGAACACGAAAGAGAAAAUGUGUCCAAGCAGUAUCGAGUAGAGACAAAACAGCGAAUAACGCAAGGGAACAUCAGCCCUUAUAAGCAAGAAGAUCAGUACAGCAUGCUAUCCAGCUCGAGUAAACCGAUUUCCAUAGACCAGUCUAUUGACGCGAUACCAAGCGAACUUAAAGAUAAUGAGGUGAACACAUUAAUAGCUAUGAAAGGUAACAGAGAAUUGCUCGAAGCUAGUUCAUCAUUAACUUUAGUUGAUGAAUCUUUAACCACGCAAUCUGAAGGCGAAGCGACAAGUAGGGCGGCUUCCCAUGAGGCACAGGAUAUGGCCGACGAGCCCAGCCAACACGAACUCACGCCUGUACGGAAGGCUCUUAACAUACAAGAAAUGAGCUCGGACAACGAAAAGCAUGACAUGUCGAUAGACGAAGCGAUAGAACAACCAAAUCCUUAUAAAGGCAAGAAACGAAUAUACAGUCCAUCUUCCAACAGUAAACCGACUAUCAAUGCGAUAGACGUUACACCCAAACCGGUAUCAAAAAUGCAGAAAAUAUCUAGCAGUCCUAAAGUAUACAAACCUAUAAACGAAAAAACAAACAUGGCUGCCGAAAAAGAUAUUACAGAGAAUAUAGAACCAGAAAUUGAAUCUCCUAAGAAACAUGAAAAGAAGGUUUCACCUCGAAAGAGAGAUAAGAAACCUGGAACGAAUAUAACAGUGCAACAGUUAAUAACAGAUUAUACAGUAGAAAGUGGUUUGAACACGAAUAUUGUGGAUAAAUCUAUACUUAAUGCUUUAAAGCCGCGAUCAGAAUCUUCUAACGAGCCGGCAUCACAGUCUGAUGUCUUAGAAAGUAAUAGCCUAGAAGUGGUCAGCUCUUUUACAAGUAGUAAGAAUUUCAAUGCUGUUAAGAACGUGCUUAGUACAUCUACGACUCAAUCUCAUCAGAACGCGUUACAGAGCAAAGGGGGUCGGUUAGACUGGCACCCGGAACUGAUCAGCGCUUUGAGCUCCAAUCUGGGCGAUUCUGACUCAGGGGUGAAUGUGGUCGCUAAGAUUGAUAUGCUGCCUUUUAUGGGAAGUCACGAGUGCGAAUGGGAGUCAUCAGCGGGUGACACGUGGUCGUUCCGACUCCUACACGGGCGGUUACGUCUGACGGCCCGACUGGCGCAUAGGCAUGAUAAUGCCGCUAGGAGCCGAGUGAGGGGUGACACGCCCGUGUUGGAGGUCACGGUGGAAACUGUGCAGCAUGAUCGCAAGAACCCCGUGGCAACAAUGUGCGUCCGCUUCGCUUGCGAGACGAUGCGCUACAUGGUGUCUCGCGCCUGCCGCGGCGGCUCCUGCCUCGCGAGCGACAUCCCGCCGCUGCUGCGGCGCUGCGCCGCCGUGGCGCGCGUGGCGCUGCGCUGGGGCCGCGCCAUGCACGACGCCAAGCUACACCUCGCGUACACGCUCGACAAUGACGGAUAUCUCACGCUCAAGGUGGCGAACAUCCCCCUGCGCUCGGUAUGGGAGGUGACGAUGCGCGUGGAGCUGGUGGUGGACGACGCUCGGGAGGCGCCGUGGCCGCGCGCGGGCGACGUGCGCGUGUCGCGCGUGGUGUCCGACGUCAGCGUGCCCGACGCGCACGUGCGCCGCGCGCUCGCGCACACGCCGCGCGACUGGGGCCACGCGCCCAGGACUGUCUGGUAUGUAUCGCGUGCUGUGUGACGUCAGCGUGCCCGACGCGCACGUGCGCCGCGCGCUCGCGCACACGCCGCGCGACUGGGGCCACGCGCCCAGGACUGUCUGGUAUGUAUCGCGUGCUGUGUGACGUCAGCGUGCCCGACGCGCACGUGCGCCGCGCGCUCGCGCACACGCCGCGCGACUGGGGCCACGCGCCCAGGACUGUCUGGCGAAUGUUCCGAUAUUUGAAACACAAGACGAGAGACGACGACAUUCUGCUAUCGUGAUCACCAGUCUUUACAGCCGCAUACUGAAACGCCACUUAAUUUUAACGACGGCUCAAACCCCACUAUCAUCAUAUAUAUCAUGUUUCAUUUAUAAAACUGCGAUAGAUAUGUAUUUAAGUACAACAUAAAGUUAAGUGACGUUUGAGUAUAUCGAGGUUAUAAAGCUAAACUAAGUACCAUACAUUCAGAAAGACAAAGAAAAUAGAAUAUAAUAAUUAUUAAUUGACUUGAAUAACCAAUAAAUUGUAGAAAAACUAUGACAAAAUUGAGUUUCGCUACAAAAUACAGUGGGUAUGUAUUUUGUUAUUUUUAUUUAUUUGUAUUUUUUAU